AUGGAAGAAGCCAUUGGAGACCGGACCGUAUGCAUAACCCUCCAUCCAGGGUUUGAACGCGUCUGUUUAAACCGCCACGUAUUAGAAGUGGCUGCACUGGGCCUAAAAACGCGAGCUGGAAAGUCGUACACAACUGUUCGUGGGCAAAGCAACAAAAGUGAUGAUGAGUAAAUUGGGGUAUUGUUGACUUUGUAUUGGAACGAUCGAACCUUACAUAGCAUUGAAUAAUUGAUACAUCUAAGCUUAUCGCCGUGGACUGAUCUCAUAGAAUCACAUUUUUUAUUUUCUAAAUGGCUUUAUUGCCCCAACUGCUUAUUCUUAAAAGGAGUAUUUAUUUAUCUCCAUCCAAUCCCUCCUUGAAUUAACAGUGAUCUCAUUUCUCUAACUAGAUUCCUGAGGUCUGUGGCCUAUCGCCAAUUUACAAGACUGCUGUGGAGUUAUAUUGGUAGUUCUAGGCGAUACCCCUUACCCUGCUGUGCCUACAAUAAAAUCAGGAAACAAUUUCCGAGUCAAAAUGGCCAUUAUCGUGGAUUCGAAGAUGAAGAAAAUGAAUAA